GUUGCGGUUCCUCAUUAAUACUCAUUCCCAGCCACUGUAAACGCGUUAACUGCCCUUUUCUUCCAAAUAGAAUUUCAAUUUCAAAUGGUUAAUUAAACAAACUUAAGAUUCUUGUUCAUUUUUCCAGUGGACAAUUGCUUAUGCAAACUUCUAAAGCAACAUAAGAACAGGAAUAUUAAAAUCAUCCUUUCGCACCCACAUAAAUAAUAAUUAAAUUAGUAUUGCAAGUGAUAAUACUGGCAUUGGCUCCGGCCUUUAUUUUCUGAUGAUGAUCUGAUCACAGAGACUUGAGAUUAUCAAUCGAUUGAAAUAAGGAAAGGAAGAUGCUGAUGAUGCGGUGGUUACUUGUAUUUGGUGGGGGAUUUUUUGUUGGUUCAGUUGCCAUUGUUGCCUUGGAAGCGUUACUACUUUAUUUCUUCCUUAAGCGAUUGAAUCACAAGAUUCGACAAGAAGAUGGCGCCGCCGAUUCUUCUCUUCAACAUCUCGAUUCCCAGCAGUCCCUUGAUUUUGCUUUCGACAAGAAGGGGGUUGUGUGGAUUAUAGAAUCAGAUAAAGUUCCCAAAAAUGAUAAAGUCUCAAAAGAGCCUAAGAAGAAAAAGGAGGUAAUUGAGGUUAAUCCUGUCAGGAAAUAUGCUAACAUCAAGGAUAGGAUUCUUAUAUUGACAGACUCAGAUGGUUCCCAUGUGGCUAUUCCGUUAAAGGGUUGCAUAAUAGAAUCUGUUUCAGCUACAGAUCUUCCCUCAAGAAAAUGGGCCAAAAGAUUUCCCAUAAAAGUGGAAAGCAAGACUUCAUUGAUAUAUAAUGCAAGUAAAAAAGUUUACAUUUAUCUUGAGACAUCUUGGGAGAAGGAGUCAUGGUGUAAAGCCCUCCGUCUAGCUUCAUGCAAUGAAAAAGAAAGACUUAACUGGUUCAACAAGAUUAAUGGAGAGUUUCACAGUUACUUGACAUCCUUAAAUACUGGAUACCCUUCAUUUAUGAAGCCCUCAGCAGGGGUCAAUGCUGAGCCGACAGAUAGGGUGACUAAGCUUGAUGGUUCUGCGUCAAAGGUUCGCCUGUUUUUGAAAAAGCUUGCAAGAAAGGCUUCAAAGGCCAGUAUAGAGAACAGGGGAACUUUCUCACUUAGCCGUGAUGAGAGAAAGAUUAAUGACAAGACUCGCUCAUUCCAAGAUCCUAAUCUGAGCACUAGCUUAAUAAAGACUGCACCAACAGCAAAGUCAUAUUUGUGUUCUGAGGAGGAAAGUAUCUCAGCACUUGCUUCAUCAACCAUAUCUCGCUCAGCAAGCCAAAGCCCUACUUCUGAUGUGGAUUCUGAUGAAAAGUUUAGUAUUGAUGAAGGAACACUGUGUUGGAAUUUGCUUAUUUCUCGUUUUUUUUUCGAUGCCAAAAGUAAUGUCAGUAUAAAGAGUUUAGUGCAAUCACGGAUUCAGAGAACAUUGUCCAAUAUGAGGACACCUAAUUACAUUGGUGAAAUUGUAUGUACCGACCUAGCCCUUGGGAGUCUACCACCUUAUAUUCAUGGCAUUAGAGUUCUUCCUACAGAUAUGAACGAGGUAUGGGCAUGGGAAGUCGAUGUUGAAUAUUCUGGCGGGUUGGUGCUAGAUAUUGAAACAAGACUGGAAGUUCAGAACCUUGAACAAGAUAUGGUGGAUACAAACUCAGAAUCAAGCUCUGGGGAUGUCUCUUCAGACCUUUUGGAAGGUUUUGAAUAUUUCGGAAAACAGUUGAAUCUUUCUGAAGGGGCUGCUGAUGUGCCAGAGCGGAAGAAUGAAGGGAAUCUUAAACUGGAUGGGUUGAAAAACCCUACAAGUUAUCUGCCAACAUCAACUAAUGUAUCUAAGUGGAAGUCCAUUCUUAAUUCCGUUGCUAAACAGGUCUCACAGGUGCCCCUCUCUUUGUCAAUAAGGGUAGCAUCCCUUCGUGGAACUCUGCGGUUACAUAUAAAGCCUCCUCCUUCAGAUCAGUUAUGGUAUGGUUUCACAUCGAUGCCUGAUAUAGAGUUUGACUUGGAGUCAUCUGUUGGAGAUCACAAGAUCAGCAGUGCACACAUUGCUUUGUUCUUGAUCAAUCGAUUUAAGGCUGCCAUCAGAGAAACUAUGGUGCUUCCAAACUGUGAAAGCUUAUGCAUUCCCUGGAUGUUGGCAGAAAAAAAUGACUGGGCCCCUCGGACGGUUGCUCCUUUUAUGUGGCUUAACCGAGAAGCCAGUUGCGAUCAGGCCACUUCAAAUGAAACUCUUGGCUCUCAACUUGAUGAAGCAAAAACAAAGGAGGAGGCCUAUAGAAGAGCCUCCAGUAAUGAUUCAGAAAGCAAGAAUUUAAAAGUACAGAACAUUGAAUGCACCCAACAAUCAAUUUCUGAUUCUUCUGAUACCUUAGAGAGCUCAUUGAGCUCCACCAAGCCAUCGAUACAAAACAGCAAAUCUUUGCAAGAACUAACAAGUCCUUUGUUAACAAGCUAUGAACCACAAGAAACUUGCGAACAAAGCAGGGGUUGUACCUCAGAGUGUCAAUCACCAUCUAGGUCUCUGAUACAUGCAGAAAAACAUAAUCAUGCUGCCGAAGAAGAUGAUUCAAGACCAAAGAGAAUGGGAAGAAGAGCAAGGAUGCUAGAUUUAGGGAAGAAGAUGGGGGAGAAACUCGAGGAGAAGAGACGGCAUAUUGAAGAAAAAGGCAGGAAUAUUGUUGAGAAGAUGAGAGGACCAUGAAACUGCCAGAACAAAAAUAUAGUACUUUGUAGUGAAAGCUAUUGAUAGAUAGAGGAAAUGUGCCUAUCAAUCUGCAUAGAUGAAUAUGUAUAAUAUCUUAGAUGCUAAAAUUCCAUUUGAUAUAUAAUUCUUUCUCUAGCUUGCUCCAUA